GAGAGAGGGGUGGGCGUGACGUCAUGGCACGGUGCCCCGUCCAUGUUUGGCGGAGAACUUUUUUGCAGCUUCGACAAAGUCUAGACACAUUUGGCUUUGGUAACAACUAGACCCUGGAGAGAGAAAAACUAUUUAUUUAAAACUUAUGUAAUAUCAACAUAACAUUAUUUCAUGUCUUAUCUUAGUUGACCUUCCUUCAUUUACUAUCGUUAUUAAGGUAACGUUCGCUCAAAAGACACAGCGGACAGUUGGGGAUUCAGGUCCCUCUCAUAUCAGAAUUAACGGCUAAUUACGGUGUCGUUCAGUAGCCAAGCUAACGUUACUCUUGGAUGGGCGACACGGUUUUUUUUCCCGUUUCUCACAAUUAAUAAAUAGUCUCAUUCUUCCGAGAGUCUUUUCAUCCUCCGCCGGGUGGUUUCGUAUGAACCGUGUCGAGGCAGCGACGAGGGGUCGGGGGCUCCGCCAGAAGAGCCGGGUUUCAGGAUGAAGAUGCCCAGAGGAGGACGCCUGUUCCUGGCGACGUGCCUCGGCUCGCUCUUCGUUCUCGUGCUUUAUUUCCAGACCAUCACCAAGCCAGAACCUGGUUUGAAGACUGUCAGCAGACCAGGGCAAAGCAGGAGAAGUCCACUGCAGAGCCUCUACAAUGGAGAUCAGCAGCUGGAGCUGUUAGCAGCUCAGAGGUCCCUCCAAGGCCGCAGGGAGCUGUUGGAGCAGGAGUGCCUGAGCCACACGAGGAAGCGGCGGGUGCUUUCGCCCGAGGAUCUCAAACACCUCAUUGUGGAUGAUAAACACAGCCUUAUUUACUGCUAUGUACCAAAGGUAGCCUGCACCAACUGGAAGCGUGUCCUCAUGGUCCUCACCAGUGACGGCCGCUACACUGACCCUCUUGCCAUCCCUGCCAAUGAGGCCCACGUGGCGGGAAACCUGCGCACACUCUCCGAGUUCUCAGUCCCUGAGAUCAACCAACGCCUUCGCAGCUACCUCAAGUUCAUCUUCGUGCGGGAGCCCUUUGAGCGCCUGGUGUCCGCCUACCGGAACAAGUUCACGCGCAGCUACAACACUGCUUUCCACAAGCGCUACGGAACCAAGAUCGUCCGCCGGCACCGGCCCAACCCGCAGCGUGAAGCACUGGAGAAAGGGAAUGACGUUUCUUUCCACGAGUUUGUCCAGUAUCUUGUGGACCCUCGGACCCAACGGGAAGAACCUUUCAAUGAGCACUGGGAGCGGGUGCACUCUCUCUGCCACCCAUGUCUGAUCCAUUAUGACGUGGUGGGGAAGUAUGAGACUCUGGAGCCAGACGCGCAGGCUGUGCUCAGAUUGGCCGGAGUGGAUGGGACACUUCAAUUUCCAACGUCUGGUAAGAGCACCCGGACUGACGGCAACAUGGCAGCACGCUUCUUUAAGCACAUCAGUCCUUUCUACCAGAAGAAACUAUUCAACCUGUAUCGAAUGGAUUUCCUGCUCUUUAACUACUCAACACCAGAGUAUCUCAGGACUUGAUGUGGGGCAGAGAAAAGAGGGUUGAAAUCAGUGCCAUGGAUGGACUGGCCAAUCGCGCAGCUCUGAAGGCUUUUGUGAUAGUCCACAUUUCAUACAGUGGAUGUGUGAUGGUACGUUUGCACUUUUUUAUUGCCAUGGACUUUUCAUUCCUGCGUGGAAUGGUCCAUCACACGCACAGACUUGGCACUACGACUCUCCAACAACAACUAAAAAACUGGUUUCAGUGAAGGGAACUUACUAAAUGGAACCACAUUUCUUCCUGAGAAGGACAGACUGUAUGUGCUGUUAUCUUAAUAGCAUGUUAUAUGCAGUGUGUCACACUCACUCAUAGUUUAUUGGUUUACUUUCCAGUUUAAAGAUGUUUAGCAGAACAGAUUGCUGAAGGGUCUUGGCCUUUAAGUUCAGUAAGAAUUCAGUAUUUAUUAUUUUUACUCACCCGAUUUCCAUUUCUCUCCAAGAACCUGCUUUGUCAGAUGGAGCAAAUCUUUCUCUCCCUGACUUUUUCUGUUUUAGUUCUGUUGCUGUCUUUUAUACGUAGUUGUUGAGUUGAGUGAAAUAUGCCUUACCAGCAUUCCUGUGGUGCCCACUACAGUAAAAGUUCUCUUGCCUUGUUUUUCUGAGAACUAAUGAGCCACAAAUUAAAGUCACACUUCAGAGGAGCAGGUUCUUCUCUUACACGGGCAUACAGGUUAAUGUGCUGACUGUGAAGCUGCACAUUGCAGAUUGUUUCAAAGCACCUACAGUACAGUAUCUCUGGAAGGCCUUUAUUUAUGUAUGUCAGUGCAUAAAGUAUUUAUUGUUAUGGA